CAGCGGCCCGCAGCCAGGGAGGCGGCUACGAACUGAAGGGGCUGUAGUGAUAGCUCUCGCCAGCAGCGCAGGGGCUGUGGGCUGUUGGGUGACCAAUGGCGUAAGCGCGAGGGCGGUCCCUCCUUACCAUCUAGCCCUCACCGCCCGGGCUGUGGGGCAGUCCCAGAGCAGCGGGAGGGGCCUGGGGGUGGCUGGAGUCUGCGCUCUGGAUGCCUGCAGCUGGCGGGGCGAUUACGUAGCCUGCGCCCGAGGCCUACGCGCCUUUCCCUGCGCACCUCUGCUCCCCGCAAACCCGGCCAUCGCCUGGCGGACGGCAUCUGGCUGGCAGCCGCCUGUGUCCCGGCGCCUGCACAGCACAAUCUUCGUCGGCUUCCCCCACCUCGCGGCUGCCCCGCUUUGUCCCAGCGCCAUUCCCUCUGACACCCGGGGCGCGCCGCCUGGCAGUCCCAGCGCCACACUGGCGUCGUCCUCUUCCCCUUCGCCGCCCCCCGCUCGUGGUCGGGCCUUGCCCCCCGUGAUGUCUCGGCCGGAGCCGGAGAGCGAGGCCAUGGACGCGGAGCUGGUGGUCACGCCGCCCGGCUGUACGCACUUGAGUAGCUUCAAAGUGGAUAACUGGAAGCAGAACUUGCGGGCCAUCUACCAGUGCUUCGUGUGGUGCGGUACUGCGGAGGCCCGCAAGCGCAAGGCCAAGUCGUGCAUCUGUCAUGUUUGUGGUGUCCACCUGAAGAGGCUUCACUCUUGCCUCCACUGUGUCUUCUUUGGCUGUUUUGCAAAGAAACAUAUUCAUGAACAUGCCAAGUCGAAACGGCACAACCUAGCCAUAGAACUGAUGUAUGGAGGCAUCUACUGCUUUUUAUGCCAGGACUACAUCUAUGACAAAGACAUGGAAAUCAUUGCCAAAGAGGAACGACAGAGAGCUGGGAAAAUGCAAGGUGUUGGAGAGAAGUUUUCAACGUGGGAACCAAGCAAACGUGAGCUUGAACUGCUAAAGCAUAACCCGAAAAGGCGAAAGAUCACUUCCAACUGCACCAUAGGUCUGCGAGGGCUCAUCAACCUGGGGAACACGUGCUUCAUGAAUUGCAUUGUCCAGGCCCUCACGCACACCCCGCUGUUGCGAGACUUCUUCCUCUCCGACCGGCACCGCUGUGAGAUGCAGAGCCCCAGCUCCUGCCUGGUCUGUGAGAUGUCAUCCCUUUUCCAGGAGUUUUACUCUGGGCACCGAUCACCCCACAUCCCGUACAAGCUCCUGCACCUGGUGUGGACUCACGCACGGCACCUGGCAGGGUACGAGCAGCAGGAUGCCCAUGAGUUCCUCAUCGCAGCUCUGGACGUCCUGCAUCGGCACUGCAAAGGUGAUGACAAUGGGAAGAAGGCCAACAACCCCAACCACUGCAACUGCAUCAUAGACCAAAUCUUCACAGGGGGACUGCAGUCGGAUGUCACCUGCCAAGUCUGCCAUGGGGUCUCUACCACAAUAGACCCCUUCUGGGACAUCAGUUUAGAUCUGCCCGGCUCUUCCACUCCAUUCUGGCCCCUGAGCCCAGGCAGUGAGGGCAGUGUGGUGAACGGGGACAGCCACGCGUCAGGAACCACAACAUUGACAGACUGCUUGAGAAGAUUCACUAGACCGGAGCACUUGGGAAGCAGCGCCAAGAUCAAAUGCAGUGGCUGUCACAGCUACCAGGAGUCUACCAAGCAGCUCACCAUGAAGAAACUGCCCAUUGUCGCCUGUUUCCAUCUCAAACGAUUUGAACACUCGGCCAAACUGCGGCGAAAGAUUACCACAUAUGUGUCCUUUCCCCUGGUACUGGACAUGACCCCCUUCAUGGCAUCCAGCAAAGAGAGCAGGAUGAACGGACAGUACCAGCAGCCAGCAGACAGCCUUAGUAAUGACAACAAAUACUCCUUGUUUGCAGUCGUUAACCACCAAGGGACCCUGGAGAGUGGCCACUACACGAGCUUCAUCCGGCAGCACAAGGACCAGUGGUUCAAGUGUGAUGAUGCCAUCAUCACCAAGGCCAGCAUUGAAGAUGUGCUGGACAGUGAGGGAUACCUGCUCUUCUACCACAAACAGGUCCUGGAAUAUGAGUAGCCUUUUUUUCGGCUGAUCAGAAAAAUGAAGGUCUCACAAAAUGACCCCCAAUCGCCCAACUCCAUGCUACCACCCCCCACAUGGAAGUACCCCAGGAGCAUCAGAGCCCUCUGCCACAGGCCCGGGGGUGGAGUGGACAUGCACUGUGGUGGGAGCCCUCUUAGGACUGCAAGCAGAGAAGCGAAACAAUGGGUGUGUUCUGCAUGGGAAGUGGCAGAGUAGAUACAUCACAAGGGUAUCUCCUUUGCUCCUCAAACAGCGUGUGCGUGUGUGGGGUGGGUGCCCCCAUGGCAUGGAGUAACCUCGCCCUGGUGCUUCAGUUUUGCCAUGUGAUGGUACACUUUCAAAAGGCGCUGGUCAAUUUUUAAUUAUGGGUUUAUUAAAGCAGUAGAGAAAACAAUAGCUGUGCAAGGACAGAGGAUUUUGCAAGUAUCUUUGUGAGUCUUCGUAUUAAAUAUGUAUAGUAUGGAACUCUUAGCUUUUGUGAGUAGAGCCUGUGUAAUUGAAGAUGCUGACUGGGAUUUUUGAGCAUGUGUGUUCCACAGAUAACACAGUGUCAGCUGCAUGUGGCGUGUCAGCCUGGGUGUUGCUCACUUUUCUACAAGUAGGCAUUUUCUCAUUCCCCUCAUUUUCCUUCUUUUCCACAGUGGUAAAUUUGAUAAAUGUAAUGUUAGUAACGUGGAUGAAUAGAGUUAGUAAUGAAAUUUAGGUAGCUUUUUCAUUCUUGAGUGAAUCUUGCUUUUGGUGCUGUUUUGUUGUCCCCGCUGUGACCUGACCCUCCACCCCCACCCCUUGGAAGCACCACACCCUGGUUAAAGCAAGUGGGGUGAAUUGGGUGUCACUGGUUCAGUCGUGUUACUCUUGAGCAAUUGAAGCAUUUUUUGAUGAUUUUACUAUUUCCCUUCCUCAUGUUUUCUUCUUGGCUGCCUUUCCCACUAGCUGUCCUGUCACUGCGUGCUGGCCAGAGUGGCUGAGUGCCUCUGCAUUUCAUUCAGUGUAGUUUAAAUUGUAGCAGGAAAAGGGACUCUGUGAUCAAGCUUGUGCAGAGAGCUGGCUAAGGAGCCGCCUUGGUCCCUGUGAGGUGUCUUGUAUGCAUCUAUGUAUCCAACACUCCAAGCCAGGUUUUUGUCCAUUUCUGAGAAAUUUUAACCCAGAGAUGUAGGGGAGGAAAAGUUGCUUCAGUAGUUUGUGAAACAUGCUGUGCUCGUCUUGAGAGCCCAGUCUGUGUCUGAGCUGUGGCAUAUGCAUUCUUAGGGGAGAGUAUCAUUAUUUAAGGGUCAGCUAACUUUUUUCUUAAAGGGCCCAAAUGGUAGCUAUUAGACUUUCUGGGUCUCUUGCUAUAGAUAAUACAUAAACAAAUGAGCCUAGCUAUAUUCCAAUAAGACUUUAUUUAUGGACAUUGAAAUUUGAAUUUCAUAUCAUUCUCUCACUUUGUGAAUUUUUUUUCACCGUUUAAAAAUGUGUGAACUAUUCUUAGCUGACAGGCCAUACAGAAGCAGGCAGUGGGCCAGAUCGAGCUGUUAGCUAGUUAGAUAGGAGGAAGCUGGUCCCAACAGAGUCAAGUAGUUACUGCCAAUGGAAAAUGCUAGGAAAUGCAAAGCAGCGAUUCUACUGCAGAAUCAUCAUUAUGGCCAAAUUCCUAGUGAUAAGGUUUUGAAUGCUCGCUUCAUUUGUUCUAUUAUAUUUCUGCAUUUGUGGAACACAGCUUUUAAGGCAUGUUUUAAAAUAGCAAGUGUUUUUGGAGAAGUUUGGAGGGUGCAGACUUUUAGAUAUGGCCACAUGUGUUUGAGCGUGGGUGGGGGUGGCCUGCUGUGAAGAUUUCUUUUGGAGAGAGGUGGUCUUCUAAUAAUAAACAAAUUUGACUGAAGUCAGCCUGUGGAGUUCUGAGCCGUAAAGUCUCUCCCUGCAGUUGGCUGCCUUGUAUCCUCCUACUUGACUGGAGUGUUCUGAAUGCACAAUGGGGACAAAGCAGAUGUAUUGGCCAUGGAGUUUCUAGAAGAUUACCUACCUGUGGUCUGGCCAGCCUGCUUCCCAGAUCAGUCGCCCCCCUAGACCUCUUCCUGUCUUCGUUAAUGUUCAGAGGCUCGGCUGUGCCGAGGAGGUGCUGUGCAAGAUGUGUGUGUUUGAAUCUGUCUCAUUAGGAACACAAUAUUACAUGAUGGCUUUGGGAAUUUAUCCCCUUUUUAAAAAAUUUUUAAGCCCUCAAUCCAGCUCUUAAAUUCAGGGAAAGGGUGUUUUUGUUUCCUAACAACCACCCCUGGGUAGGUGCUCCUAUUAUGACCAAGUGCGUCUGACCACUAAGGAAUCAUGAGGUACCCCUCCACUCCCACCAGUGUGUGUGUAUAGUGACCUGUGUUUCUCAACUGCUGGCUGUCAUUUCAGCACUUUCCAGUGAAUAGGUGGACUUUUCCUCUUCAGAUGUCUGCAGUGAGUUCUGAGCAGUGUAGAGUGCUGGGAGAGUCGGGCUGGGGCCACUUGAGGGUGGGGUGGCCAGAUCUCCUCCGACAGCACAGCGUCUCGCCCGUCAGGUGCUAGAAUGUCCCCAGACCCUCUGUCCUGCACCACAUAGACCCAAGCAUUUGUGGUUUGGCUUUCACUGUGUCUAGUUGCCAGGUUUUUGUGUUUUUGUUUUUGACAACUGAAGUGAUUGUUAUAACUAAAAACAAAAAUUGUAAGAAAAAGAUUUCAGUGAUUGUGCUAUGGGUUUAAUUACCAAGAUGUUUAUACCUCUCUCUUACCUGUUGUUUUGAGAAACUGUUUGACUCUUCCCCCUCCCUUAAUGGCUUGUAGUCUUUCCUAUGUCAUAAUAAACUACAUUUUCUUCUGA